CCAUUCCAUCCUUUCCCAACCACAUCGUCCUUGUGAUCCUCCUUCCCUCCUCUAUCUUUCUCUCCUCCCGUCUCCGUUGAGAUCACCUCUGCCCUCUUUUCUUUUCGCUUCGUAGUUCAUUUAAUUCUAUCUCCGUCACCAUGGAAGAGGAAGUUGCCGCUCUCGUUAUUGACAAUGGUUCGGGUAUGUGCAAGGCCGGUUUCGCCGGUGACGAUGCUCCCCGAGCUGUUUUCCCUUCCAUUGUCGGUCGUCCCCGUCACCAUGGUAUCAUGAUUGGUAUGGGUCAGAAGGACUCGUAUGUCGGUGACGAGGCACAGUCGAAGCGUGGUAUCCUCACCCUCAGAUAUCCCAUCGAGCACGGUGUCGUGACGAACUGGGAUGAUAUGGAGAAGAUCUGGCACCACACCUUCUACAACGAGCUCCGUGUCGCUCCCGAGGAGCACCCCGUCCUCUUGACUGAGGCCCCCAUCAACCCCAAGUCCAACCGUGAGAAGAUGACCCAGAUCGUCUUCGAGACCUUCAACGCCCCCGCCUUCUACGUCUCCAUCCAGGCCGUCCUGUCCCUGUACGCCUCCGGUCGUACCACUGGUAUCGUGCUUGACUCUGGUGACGGUGUCACUCACGUCGUCCCCAUCUACGAGGGUUUCGCCCUUCCCCACGCCAUCUCGCGUGUUGACAUGGCUGGUCGUGACUUGACCGACUACCUCAUGAAGAUCUUGGCCGAGCGCGGUUACACCUUCUCCACCACCGCUGAGCGUGAAAUUGUCCGUGACAUCAAGGAGAAGCUUUGCUACGUCGCUCUCGACUUCGAGCAGGAGAUCCAGACCGCUUCCCAGAGCUCCACCCUCGAGAAGUCCUACGAGCUUCCCGACGGCCAGGUCAUCACCAUCGGCAACGAGCGUUUCCGUGCUCCCGAGGCUCUCUUCCAGCCUAGCGUCCUGGGUCUGGAAAGCGGUGGUAUCCACGUCACUACCUUCAACUCCAUCAUGAAGUGUGAUGUCGACGUCCGUAAGGAUCUCUACGGCAACAUCGUCAUGUCUGGUGGUACUACCAUGUACCCUGGUAUCUCCGACCGUAUGCAGAAGGAAAUCACCGCCCUGGCGCCCUCGUCCAUGAAGGUCAAGAUCAUCGCUCCUCCCGAGCGUAAAUACUCCGUCUGGAUCGGUGGUUCCAUCCUGGCCUCCCUGUCCACCUUCCAGCAGAUGUGGAUCUCCAAGCAGGAAUACGACGAGAGCGGUCCCUCGAUCGUUCACCGCAAGUGCUUCUAAGCUCGUGCGCGUGAUUCGAUUCGUUUGUCGUAUUUUCCUGAUGUAUUAAAAGACUGAAACGGAGGCAAUGGUGACUAGCGGGCCUUCUCUGACUCGCACUAGGAGGAAAGAUCGCCUGAAAAAGGAACUUUUAUUUUAGCUGUGAAAUAGAGACGGUUUAUCUUGAAACGCAUGUCGCUCGGCACAAUUCUGCCCGGCAGCCAAUUGCUGGUUGGGGGAUUGAAGAGUAUUCAGGCGAGGGUUGUACAUGGGAUUGUGGACAGUGCGGUGAAAGCUCUCUUUCAUAUAGUUCUACGCUCAUGUUUGAAUUCCUUUUUUUCCGUGUUGGACCUUUUCUUUGAAAUUCUCCCUCCUCGGGCUGGGGUUUUGAAGCCUUUUUUUUUUUUUUUU